UGUCGUGAAGCGCAGUCAGUAGGGUCUGUGACGAAGAGAGUGACACGGCCUGGCUUCCCGCACUUAUUUGCCCCGUACCCCGGUGGCCACCCCUCCCUCUUGCUCCAUGUGGGGCCCAGAUUGGGCUCUCGGCUCCUUCUCCUCCUUCUCCUCCUUCUCUUCCUUCUCCUCCUUCUCCUAUGGCCCGGAAAACAGUUAGCAGGAAGCGGAAAGCGGCGACGGCUGCCGCCGGGGGGCUCCAGGGGGAGCAGUAUGGGUGGGAUCACUCAGUUCACAAAAGGAAAAGACUCCCCCGGGUGAAAAGGUCUGUGGUGUACUACCUGAAAGGUAGAGAGGUCAGGAUGCAGAAUGAGUCCAGCUAUCACCACUUGUUGCAUGGAUAUGCAGCCCAGCAGCUUCCCAACCUCUUAAAGGAGAGAGAAUUUCACCUUGGAAUCCUUAAUAAAGUAUUUGCCUCCCAGUGGCUGAACCACCGGCAAGUGGUGUGUGGGACAAAAUGCAACACAUUAUUUGUAAUAGAUGUCCAGACUGGUCAAAUUACAAAGAUUCCUAUUCUGAAAGAUCGUGAACCGGGCAUGGUGAACCAGCAGGGAUGUGGUAUUCAUGCCAUUGAGCUCAACCCCUCAAGGACCUUUCUGGCCACAGGUGGAGACAACCCCAACAGUCUUGCAAUUUACCGUCUGCCUACACUUGAUCCUGUGUGUGUGGGAGAUGAUGGACAUAAGGACUGGAUAUUUUCAAUUGCAUGGAUAAGUGAUACUAUGGCUGUUUCUGGUUCCCGGGAUGGUUCAAUGGGUCUCUGGGAAGUCACAGAGGAUGUGUUGUCCAAAAGUGAUGCCAGGCAUAAUAUCUCUCAAGUUCCUGUCUAUGCCCACAUAACACACAGGGCUCUGAAGGAUAUUCCUAAGGAGAACACCAAUCCUGACAACUGCAAAGUCCGAGCAUUGGCUUUCAACAACAAGAACAAGGAACUAGGAGCUGUGUCCUUGGAUGGGUAUUUUCAUCUUUGGAAAGCAGAGCACACACUAUCAAAGUUACUUUCCACAAAGUUACCAUACUGCAGGGAGAAUGUGUGUUUGGCUUAUGGUCAGGAGUGGUCAGUGUAUGCAGUAGGAUCACAGGCACAUGUCUCCUUUCUGGAUCCAAGGCAGCCUUCUCACAAUGUUAAAUCCGUCUGUUCCAAAGAACGAGGCAGUGGUAUUCGAUCAGUGAGCUUCUAUGAGCACAUCAUCACAGUGGGAACGGGGCAAGGUUCCCUAUUGUUUUACGAUAUCCGAGCCCAGAGGUUCCUGGAUGAAAAACCCCCACAUGCCUGCUAUGGACAGAAGCAAAAAUUAGGAGGAAGUGAAAUUUUAAAGUUGACUACUGGGAAAGGUUGGCUGGUGGAACAUGGGGUUCUUGAAAUUUGAGAAUUUAAAUUUCUUAUGUGGAAGAACUCUGUGGGUGCAAGAUCUUGGAUUACAGUUCUGCCAGCUUGCUAAAUGCAAUUAAAUUCUCUGGACUCUUCUGGAGAACUGGUCAUUUUAGGUCAUUUGUGUGUCGCUUGACCACAUGGACAGUGUUACAGUGAUUUUUAAAGCUUACUUUCCACAUGUCAGUCACAAAUAACACUUAAUUUGCCGUGUGGAGGAAAAUUGUUAAUUUGAUCAGGAAAUGUGGAUAUGGACACAACAUGGACAGUGGGAUUGAGGGCACCCUCAGCAAAUUUACUGAUGACACUGAGCUAUGUGGUGCAGUCAACAGGCUGGAGGGAAGAGAUGCCAUCCACAGGAACCUCAACACACUUGAGAGGUGGGUCUGUGUGAACCUCAUGAAGUUCAAGAAAGCAAAGUGCAAGGUCCUACUACUGGGCCAUGUCAAUCUCAGACACACCGACAGGUUGGGCAGAGAAGUGAUUGAGAGCAGCCCUGGGAGAAAGACUUGGGGAUGAUGGUUGAUGAAAAACUCACCAUGAGCCAACAGUGUGAACUCACAGCCCAGAAACCAACAGAAUCCUGGGCUGCAUCAAAAGGAGCAUGGCCAGCAAGUCAAGGGAGGGGAUUCUCCCCCUCUGCUUUGCUCUCAUGAGACUCCACCUGGAGCACUGUCCAGCUCUGAGGUCCCCAACAUAAAAAGGACAUGGAACUGUUAGAGCAAGUCCAGAGGAGGGCCACAAAAUUGAUAAGAGGACUGGAGCACCUCCCCUACCAAGACAGGCUGAGAAAGUUGGGGCUGUUCAGCCUGGAGAAGAGAAAGUUGCAUGGAGAUCUCAUAGCAACCUUCCAGUAUCUGAAGGGGCUACAGGGAAGAUUGAGAGGGACUCCUCAUCAGGAACUGCAACGACAGGACAAGUAGUAAUGGAUAUAAAUUGAAAGAAAUUAGGAAAUUUAGAUUAGAUAUUAGGAAGAAAUUUUUUACUGUGAGGGAACAGGUGGCCCUGGGAGAUUGUGGAUGCUCCAACACUGGCAAUGUUCAAAACCAGGUUGGAUAAGGCGUUAAGCAAUCUGGUCUAGUGCCUAUGACAGGGGGGUUGGGACAAGAUGAUUUUUAGGUCCAUUCCAACCCCAUAACAUUCUAUGAUUCUAUGUAUCUGUUAAGAGCCUAAUUUUUCAUCUUGCAUUAACCAAGUUACUGUGUUCACAUACCAUGUUAGUGUAUGUGGCAAUGCCCCAUGCGCUUUUUAAAUACCUAGAUUUGUACAUUCUCAUCUGAGUAUCAUUAAACAUGCUGUAGUCUGGCAUAUAGGUCUUUUACUACUGCCCUGUUACAUAGAUAAUUGUAAUUAACUGCAGUUUGGUUUUUUCUACUACUUGAGGUUGUGUGAUCUGAAAACUGGUGAACAAAAAGUAUUUGUGCAUCUUAUUAUGUGUAUCUCUAAAUAAAAUGUAUUU